AUGCGUCUUUCAUACAUUUCCGCUCUGCUGUUGGCACCUCUUGCACUUGCGGGUCCUACCCCAAGCUCGAAUGCCAUCUCAAUCAACCAGCGUGAUGUCUCUCCCCAGCUUGAAUCUAGAGCUCAAUAUGUCAGUCAAAAGAUCGAAAAUGUUGUUCACGAGGGUCACAAAGUCACAGAAAUGUGCCAAAAGUACGAGGGCGGAGUCUUUGAAUCCAUCAAACUCUAUAGACAAUUCAAGACUUGCUACAGUUCUGUUCAGUCGGCCGAAAAAGCUGCGAGUCAAUCGGGACCUAUGAGUGAGAGUGAGAGUGCAAAUGUUGAAGCUGCUUUGAAACACCUCACUCCCGAAUUCGUAGAAAUUUCAAAAGCUCUCAAAGAACGUAAAAGUAUGAUUCAAAAUACCCGAUAUGCAACUUACUUUGCGUCAGAACUUAGGAAACUGCAAAAGAAUGUAGACGAUUUAUACAAUACUUGCCAGAAAAAGGUUGCAACCCCCCACCAACCGAAGAUCAAGGCGCUCGGGAGCGAAGUUGAUGCGCAGUUCGAGAUUGUUAAGGGGGAACUUGCCAGCAAAUCCAAGGCCCGAAGACCUCUUGAAUCCGGAUUCGAUAAUGAGGAUCUUGUCAAGCGUGUCGAUUUGCCGGAUUUCUCAGAGUUCUCAGAUCUCUCAGAAGAUUUCUCGGAAGGUCUCCCAGGCCUUUCAGGUCUUGAAGGUCUCACAGAAGAUCUCCCAAUUGGUGGAAAGGAUUAA